AUGCUCUUCCAUAUCCCCUCGCCCUUGUCGGUCUCAUCUACGUAGCUUGUAGCCCACAGAGCAAGCAGUGGCACCUGUUCUGCCUCUCCCACCGGCGCGGCCAUCUAUAUAUCUACUCUACAACAAGAUUUUGGAUUUCGUUUUCAGUUUUGUACCGCUCCUGGGCGAAAUGGCCGAAAUCCAAAUCUCUGCUCUACAGUCUACAACCGUGCCGGCAAAGAACGUCGACAGGCCGGUCUACAUCGCGCGGUUCAACGUCCAAGGCAGCUCUGCCGACUACGUCGGCUUCAUCGCCGCCAUCCGCAACAAUCUCGCCAACCCGAAGCACUCCACGCACAACCGUCCGGUGCUGCCGCCGGUGCUGCCGUCGGUUGUGCCGAACGUCGAGCCGACGCCGAGCCGAUGGUUCCACGUUGAGCUCAAGACGAGGACCAGCACGCUCACGAUCGCCGCCCGCGCCGACAACCUCUACCUGGAGGGAUUCAGGAGCAGCGACGGCACGUGGUGGGAGCUCACCAAGGGCCUCAUCCCCGGCGCAACCUACGUCGGCUUCGGCAACAGCUACGGCAACCUCCUCGGCAACUCGCUUAAUCUCAGCAAUCUCCCUAUCGGCCGGCAGCAGAUGAACGACGCCGUGGACGCCUUGGCCAGCCGCACCAGGGCCGAUCUGACCUCCGGCCCGAAGCAGCACGAGGCGAAGGAAGCGGUGGCGACGCUGCUCCUUAUGGUGCACGAGGCCACGCGCUUCCAGUCCGUGUCAGGGUUCGUGGCCACCCAGCUGCAGGCGAAGGACAAGAAGAGCGACAAGAUAACCACGGAGAUGAAGGCCCAGGUGAAUGGGUGGAAGGAGCUGUCCAAGGCUCUGCUGAAGACGGACGUGAAGCCGCCGGCGAAAUUCACGCCGAUCGAGAAGAUGGGCGUCCUGACUGCGGAACAGGCGGCCGCCACGCUCGGAAUCCUGCGGUUUGUCGAGGUGCCUGGUGGGAUGACGGAGGCCAAGGCGCUGGAGCUGUUUCAUGCGAGUGGCAGGAAUUAGAGCUUUGUUGCAGUCGUGCAGGUGCACACUGAUGCUUCACGCAGCCAAAAUCCUAGCAUCCACGUAAACUUGCUCUGUUUUAUUAUCCUUUAUUUAUAAUUUGCAUUACCACUGUAUUUCGAAUAAACAUGUUGAGACUUGAGGAGUGAUAAAUAAAUAAAUUAGCAUCAUAAA